AUGUAUGUGGAUGGUAUUAUCUUGUCGAGUGAUAAUGUACAAGAAAUCCAGGAGACUAAGCAACACUUGCAGAAGACUUUAGUAACUAAGGACUUGGGCCCACUUCAUUACUUUCUUGGCAUAGAAGUUGCUAAGAUUAAGAAGGGUGUUGUUCUUUCACAAAAGAAGUAUGUACUAGAUUUGUUGCGUGAAACUGGAAUUCUAGAAGCUAAGCCAACAUCAAUUCCAAUGGAUCCCAAGGUUCACCUGAAUGAGAAGUCUACUGAUCUUAUUGAUGCUAGGCAAUAUCGUGCUCUUGUGGGAAAGCUCCUAAAUGUCACAAUUACUAGACCAGACAUCUCUGGUUGUAGGAAAGAUAAGUCAGUUCAUAAAAAGGCCUACAAGGCCCAUUGGGAUCCUGCGAUGAUGGUGCUUAGAUAUCUUUAA